AUCAAUGAUAAGCGACCUAAGCUUUGCACUGUGACCAUUUGCAAAGCUACAGUGGGCGUGACAAAGUCAAUAUUCAGUACUUGGUAAAAAUGGCGUCGAACGCGAUCAGCGACAUUACCGACGAGUUUCUCGUCUGCCAGGUUUGUUUGGAGGACUUAAAGCAGCCUAAGAUGCUGCCGUGUCUUCACACCUUCUGCCAGUCGUGUUUGGAGAAGCUCCUGGCCACAGAGCCGGUAGGGAAACUGGACUGUCCAACAUGCCGACAGGACGUGCCUCUCCCACGGAAUGGCGUCCAGGGGCUGAAGUCCAACUUCCUCGUUGGCAAACUGCGCGACAUUCUGCAACAACAGCCGAAAGAGGAAACUUCCGAGGCGAUGGAGGAUGGAAUCCCCUGUACGGCCUGUGAGGUCGGAAAUUCAUCUCAGUUUUACUGUGUGGAGUGUACCGACUAUUUGUGCCAGACAUGUAACGACACCCAUCGUCGGUUCAAAGCGACCAAGUCCCACAAAGUUGUAACAAUUGAAGACCUGCAAUCCGGCAAAGCUGCCGCCGAGCUCCGGGCAAGGGAGACCUCCAAGUGUGAGGAUCACCAGGAACUGAACAAGUUCUACUGUGACACCUGUCACCGGGUCAUCUGUCUGCACUGUGUGGUCACGGCGCACAAAGAUCACCGGUAUGUAGAGAUAGAGAAGGCGGCCGAGAGGGAGGGAGCAAAGAUCAAGGCAAAACUGGCGACAGUCAAGAACGCGACGGUCCUGCAUGAGACUUGGAUACAACAGCUGCAGUCAGUGAAGGACGAAUGGUCUUCAGAGGUCCAGCGGUCAGAAGAACAGAUCAGAAAACAAGUUAACUUGAUCGUCGAGGCCGCCAAGAAGGCGGGAAACGACAGAAUCGCUCAGCUUCGCGCCAUGAACGCUGCUCGUGAGAAACAGAUGGAAGCCGCCAUGGAGGCAGCUGAGAUGGACCUGGCCUCAGCCAGGAGCUGUGUCCAGUUCACGGACAACGUGUUGGAGUACGGGAGCCCGGCGGAGCUCAUGUCGGUGGCCGGAGAACUGACCGGACGGUUGGACCAAACCACGGAGAGCAAAAACACCGAGAAGUCUAAACUGACCGAGAACUUUGUGAACUUGACCUUUGACCCACCAGGCGGUGAACUUGAGCAAGAAGUAGCUAAACUUGUAGGUGGAAUAAACCAGAUGAGAACACCUUUGUAUCCACCUCAAAUCACGCAAGUGCGACCGAACGUGGUGAUCGGUAAUUGCGGCACGAGUCUAAAACACGUGAAAACUGUUGGGGAGAGGGGCGGUGGAGAUGGACAGUUUGACUAUCCGACCUCGCUUGCUGUCACCGCAGAGGGAGACAUUGUUGUGACUGAUCAUGACAACUCACGCCUGCAGUUUCUGGACAAAGAUGGUUCCUUCAAGGGGAAGGUCGAUCUGGGGUUCAAGCCGGGGUCUGUGGCGGCACUGACAAACGGUGAGCUGUUGGUGACAGGAGACGGACACAGGAUUCACGUACUGGACAAACAGGGGAGGGAGUCACUUGUCAUCCAGGUGACAGGGGCUGCACAGACAGGAGGCGCUACACGUGGUGUUGCUGUUGACGGUUUGGGACGCGUCAUCGCCACUAUCGAGCACCAAGUUUUCGUACUUAGUCCCAGCGGUGACGUCAUGCUGAAGUUCGGGGAUAAAGGUCAAGGUCAGCAGCACCUGGGUUCCUAUCUCGGCGUGACCGUCAACAGCAGCAACCAAAUCAUCGUCAGUGACUAUAGCAACCACAACGUGAAGAUAUUUGACCCCGCCGGUCGUCAUCUCUUCACAUGCGGGUCACAUGGCCGGGGACCUGGUCAGCUGGAAAACUCAGAGACUGUCAUAACGGACAGUGAGGACAACAUCUUCGUAGCUGACUGUGGCAACAACCAUCGUGUUUCCGUGUUCAGUCGGGACGGCACGUUUAUCAGGCACGUGCUGACACGGGAGGAACACGGGCUGUAUUGUCCAAUUGGACUGGCGCUGACUCACGACGGACAUUUUGUUGUUUCUGAAUUUCCUGGUUGUAUAAAAUUUUUCCGACAAAACGAGGACUUUUAUAAUGUCCUGUACAAGUUUCAGUGGGUGUGCCGAAGUCAAUAUUUCCCUGGCUUAGCCGGUGUCAACGUCGACCUUGGGCCAAUCUUGCAUGCCUUAUCAAUGCACCGUCUUCCAUUGCGUUGUAUUAAAAUGGGAUUGCACCCCUCCAAACACCUGAAAUGGAUCGUCCUAAGGCGACAAGUCAAUAUUCAGUACUUGUUCACAAUGGCGUCGAACGCGAUCAGCGACAUUACCGACGAGUUUCUCGUCUGCCAGGUGUGUUUGGAGGACUUCAGACAGCCUAGGAUGCUGUCGUGUCUUCACACCUUCUGCCAGCCGUGUUUGGAGAAGCUCCUGGCCACAGAGCCGGUAGGGAAACUGGCCUGUCCAACAUGCCGACAGGACGUGCCACUGCCCAGAAAUGGCGUUCAGGGGCUGAAGUUCAACUUCCUCGUUGGCAAACUGCGCGACAUUCUGCAACAAAAGCCACAACAACAGCCGAAAGGGAAAACUUCCGAGGCGAGGGAGGAUGGAGUCCCCUGUACGGCCUGUGAGGUCGGGAACUCGGCUCAGUUCUACUGUGUGCAGUGUACCGACUACCUGUGUCGGAAAUGUAACUACACCCACAGUCGGCUUCAAGCGACCAAGUCCCACCGAGUUGUAACCAUUCAAGACCUGCAAUCCGGCCAGGCUGCCGUCGCCCUCCGGGGUGGGAUAAAAAGGCAGGUGAGAACACCUUUGUGCUCACCUCACAUCACGCAGGUGCGACUGGACGUGGUGAUCGGGAAUGGUGGCGCGAGUCUAAAACACGUGAAAACUGUUGGGAAGAAGGGCAGUGGGGCUGGACAGUUUUACUUCCCGACCUCGCUCGCCGUUACUGCGGAGGGAGACAUUGUAGUGACUGAUUGUUGCAACAAACGCCUGCAAUUUCUGGACAAAGAUGGCUCCUUCAAGAAGAAGGUCAAUCUGCGAUUCGUGCCAGUGUAUGUAGCGGCACUGACAAACGGUGAGCUGUUGGUGACAGGAGACGGACACAGGAUUCACGUACUGGACAAACAGGGGAGGGAGUCACGUGUCAUCCAGGUGACAGGGGCUGCACAGAGAGGAGGCGCUACACGUGGUGUUGCUGAUGACGGUUUGGGACGCAUCAUCGUCACUAUCGAGCACCGAGUUUUCGUACUUAGUCCCAGCGGUGACGUCAUGCUGAAGUUCGGGGAUAAAGGUCAAGGUCAGCAGCAGCUGGGUUCCUAUCUCCGCGUGACCGUCAACAGCAGCAACCAAAUCAUCGUCAGUGACUAUAGCAACCACAACGUGAAGGUAUUUGACCCCACCGGUCGUCAUCUCUUCACAUGCGGGUCACAUGGCCGGGGACCUGGUCAGCUGGAAAACCCCGAGACUGUCAUAACGGACAGCGAGGACAACAUCAUCGUGGCUGACUUUGGCAACGAUCGUGUUUCCAUGUUCAGUCGGGACGGCACGUUUAUCAGGCACGUGCUGACACGGAAGGAACACGGACUGUACCGUCCAUUGGGACUGGCGCUGACCCACGACGGGCAUUUUGUUGUUUCUGAAUUUCCUGGUUGUAUAAAAUUUUUCCGCGGAAAAUAAAGUUUU